AACCUACGCCCCCUCCUCUGGGUUCUCGCCUCGCCUUUCGAGGAGGGAGCGAGAGAGAGACAGAAAGAGACACAGUCACACAGCGUAGGGCGCUGCGGCCUGCGGGGAGGAAGGGCACCAGCUUGGUCUUUCUCAUCCAUUCGCAAAUCGCAACAAAUCUUGCAUCUUAUCUUACCCUAGAAAAACAAAUCUUGCAUCUUCAGCUGUCUGUACGUGUGUGUGUGAGAGAGAGACACUGCGUGCCGCAGCAGCAGCUCUGGACAGGCUUACAGGCAAGUCAGAGAGCGAGGGAGGAGCCGGGAAGAGGAGGCCGGAGGGAACAAAAGGGGAAGUUUGGUUCUUUCCUCUACCACCUGGAGCGUCUCCUUGCCAGCCAGCGCCCGGUCCGGUGAGCUCCAUACCAUCCAAGUAGUGUGAGGAACCGUCGUCGUUGCUGGCGAUCCAAGAGACCAGGAGAUGGGCAGCGGCAGGAACGGCGCUGUGGUGAGGCGGUACGUCCGGUCCAAGGAGCCCAGGAUGAGGUGGAGCGCCGACCUCCACCGCAGCUUCGUGCAGGCUAUCGACUCCCUUGGCGGCCAACACAAGGCUACGCCGAAGCUCAUUCUCCAGUUCAUGGGCGCCAGGGGGCUUACCAUAUCUCAUGUCAAGAGCCACCUCCAGAUGUACAGAGCUGCAAGCCUUGGCGCAGAAAGAGGAGGAGGGACGCCAGCCCAGCUGCUGCAAAGGAGGUACUCAUGCAGCGGUGAUGAGCGAGGAGGCCCCAAGGAGGAGUUCCUGUGCUGCCCACCACCACCACCUCUGAAAAGGGCCCGGAUGGGAUACGAGAGCAUGCAGGGAAGCCAUGGAGUCAGUGAUGCGAGGACUACUGCUGGGGGAGGGGGACUGUACUGCAUCGAUGAUUACAUGCAAGCCAUGGCCGUGGGCUGGAGAAUAAAGGAGGAGGGCCUCAUCAGAUGGCAGAGGAGAGAUGCGGCUGCUGCUACGCCUUCCAAUCUCCAAGCCAUGGGAUGUUUGGUGCAAGAAUCUGGCCCCUUUAAGGUACGCCGACCAGAAGCACACCGUCUUGGUUCUGCGCUGAAGCAGCAGGACGGCGACGACUCCAGCAAAGAGGACGGAAACGACGGACGGCCCCAGUCCAGCAAUGCAGCGACGAAGGAGGACGAGGCAUCUGAGCAGUGCUCGCUCUCGCUGUCCCUCGGUAAUCUGGACGCAAAAUGCGGGCGUGGCAUGGCGGCAGCGGCCUCCUCGCGAAGCGGCGAGAGCAGCUGCAUCCUCACGGCCUCGCCGGCGAGGAGGAGCUCCAGCGACUGCUCCGGCCACUCAGGCUGCUUCGUCGUCGGGCCGGGUGGUGUUGUUAGCCUGGAGCUUUCCCUGUCCAUCUGUGGAUCUUAGCUAGACCACUCCGGCCACUUCUGGACGACGAUUCUGUACAUCAGUGGCGGCGUUGGUGAUCGCCGCGUUUGUUUUUUUGGUGUUCGUGGGCACAUCAUGACCGUGUUAGAAAGUUUAGUAACCUUAGAACCAUAGCAUGUUAGUUCUAGCUAAGCUAGUAUGAUGUUUGUUACCUCUACCUGUAGCCCUAGCUGGUAUGUGUAAGGCUGGCUCCAACAAGGUCCCCUAAAGGGUUCUCUACCCUAAAUAUAGAGGAUCAAACGGUCCUUUACGC